UCGAGCCUCGUCGGAGAAAUAGCCCGGAGCCAAUCUGCAAAGUUUCUCCAUUCUCAAUCUGCCACUAAUACUUCCCUCUCCUUGGCCAUCCAGUCCCUCCAGCGGCGCAGGGGAGCACCUCUGGCAACCUCCCUCUCCCCCUUGACAUGAAAUUCUCUCUCUGGCGGCGCGGUUAGUCUCGGCUUGGACAACAGUGCACGCGACAGCCUCGCCAGCCCGCGGAUCGGGAACACGCCAAGCUGGUGAACCUCGACGGCGCCUGGGACACCACCCUGGGGGCGCGCCAUCUACAGAGUGGGGAAAGAUGGCUGCCUCCUUUGGGCUGGUUGUUCACAUCGCGACCUGGAUCUGUGUCCUGGCCCGCUGCUGCCUCCCCUACCAGAUCUUCACCGUGGACUCCUCCGACGUCUGCAACAACACAAUCUACUUUGACAGCGUGGCCAAACCGGCGGCCAUACUGAGAUUAACUGCCAAGGAUUACUACGAUUUCUCACCGCUGUUUUGUGAGGUCACGUUCAACGCGCCGAGACACAGUUGGACCGGCCUCGUGGGCGUUCUGGAGGAGGUAGACCUCAGGAGAUAUGAAUUCAGCCACCGCGCCGGCCAGAGCGAGUGCGUCGACUCCAUCAAGGUGAUCUACGACACGUCCCUGCCCCAAGAGACGCAGUGCGGCUCGUGGUCAGUGUCUCCGAGCGAACGCCUGUCUCACGUGGGCUACCGGAAGGCGCUCAUGGGUUACUGUCCGCACCCCAGGGUCUCCAGCUCCGGACUGCCGCAGUGUGUCGUGUCCGAUCUGAAGGUGCAGGUGUCCGUGGGGCUGAAGGACAACGCCGCCUGGAGGAACAAGACGUGGGGUCCUCACAGGGGCUUCACCUUCGUCGUUACGGCAUAUAAGUAUUCGUUCGGCGAGAGCGAGUGCGUGACGGGCUGGCGGUCCUGUGGCAGGGGCGUGUCCGGCAGCCAGCACCACUGCGUGCACGAGAGCCUCUGGUGCGACCGCCACAUCAACUGCGGUCAGCCGGAGAAUAUGGAUGAGAUUUCGUGCUCUCAUGACGAAAUACUCGGUGGGCUCGUGACAGUGAUGGUGGGUCCGUGGGUGGGCACAGUGCUCCUCCUCCUGCUGGUGCUUGGCGGGGUCAUGUACUGGCGAAGGGCCCGCCCACCUGUGCCUCAGGACCCGCCCCCUGCCCCGGAUAUCAACUCUUAUGCCGAGUCAUACGAGGUGUCUUCUACCCUCUCUUCCGCCCACCACAUGGCGAUCCAGGUUCGCGUGGUGUGCAACCCUGGGCCGGGCUCCUACACCCAGAGGACCUCCCCUUGGGCCGCGGCGGACCUGCCUCCUUCCUACGACUCGCUCUUCCCCCAGGGCCCCCCUCCGGCCCCGCCCAAGUGACCUCCUCCCCGUCCCCCUACAAGGGCAUGGCGCACGCCGGGCCCUCGUCCGCCGCCGGAGGAAGCGCCUCCGCCAACGGCUACAUCGCGAAUGCCACGCAGACGUCCUCCUAUGGCAUCGACAACCCUGUACAUAUGUUAUGCAACGGCACCGGUGCGCACUCCGCCCACGGGCCAGACACAUGCUUCAUCGCCAGCACGAGCGGCACCUGCUCCCCCUGCAGCACCCCGGGCCACGAGGGUCGUCGCUACCCGCGGCACCCUUGCUCCUCCUCCUGCCGACCCCUCCCGACCACACUCCCUAAAUCCGCCUCCAAGUCACACUCGGCCUCGCCCUCCAGACGUGCCUCCUCCAGGUGCGUCUCCCCCUCCCACCGCCCUUCGCCCUGCCACUACUCCCCCUCCAGCGCCGUUGCCAGGCCUCAGGUUCUCCACGAGAGGCUCUCGGAGAGGCUAGACUGCCAGGGAAUGCCCACUGGCCUCCCAGACCUCGUCUCGGCACCGGCGAGGAGGCGAGAGGAGCUCUCGUCGCCAGGGGAGUGCGACGACACGGCGACUCUCCUGAGGGACAGGUCCCCCUCCACUGACGAGGAGGUGCUGACCCAUCCCGCGCGUCCGCAGCGCUCUGAGUACGCCGAAGACCGAGGAAGACGACCCAGGCUGUACGACGCCGACUGCAAGUGGCGCGUCGUCGGCAGGCCUCUCUGUGGCUGGAGCCCCUGAGGAUGACGGCCACCCGUCGUCAACGAGAUCGGCAGGCGUCGCUCCGCCCACAGUGGCUAUCUCUCCGUCAGCGACGCCGUCGACAGCCUCUCUGGCCGACAAACCAAUGGUCGUUCGGGCGUCUACGAUGGACAGCGAAACGGCAGACACGCUGACAUCGACGACCAGUUGGGGGACUCUCUCCACAGACAUCACAGAAGUCUCGUUUGCAGACGACCUCUCGCAGAACACAUUGUGAAUCCGUAGGUCGUCCAGUGAUCAUAGAAAACUAUCAUAGAAAACGUCUUUACCAGGGAGGGGAAACUUCUGAAGAUUCUGUGUGCGGGUUUGCAAAUCUAAAAAGAUAUAUACAUAUUAUUUGCAGUUAAGGAUUAAAAGAGUACACAUAUAUUUUCGAAUGGUUGUACCAUGACUUCGAUAGUAUUAUAGCUUUUGUCAGUUUAGUAGUGUAGAUGAAAAAGACCAAGAAUAUCGAUUUAUUUUCCUCUUGGGAA